AUGGACAUAACUAUCCAACACCCCCCCUGGUUUCGUCGCCAGUUUUACUCCUUCUUUGGACCAAACAGGAUCUUUGAACAGUGUUUUGGGGAGCACCUCCAAGAAGCUGAUUUGUUUCCAUCUUCAGUACUGUCCCCAUUCUACUUCAAAUAUCCAUUUCUCAGACUACCAUCCUGGAUCGAAAGUGGCUUGUCAGAGAUGAGAUUAGAGAAGGAUAAAUUCUCUGUUAACCUUGAUGUCAAACAUUUCUCUCCUGAAGAGCUGAAAGUGAAAGUGUCAGGAGACUUCAUUGAAAUCCAUGGAAAGCACGAGGAGCGUCAGGAUGAGCAUGGCUAUGUUACCAGAGACUUCCAGAGAAGAUAUAAAAUCCCAGUGGAUGUUGAUCCCCUAUCCAUCACUUCAUCCUUGUCCCCAGAUGGAGUGCUGACAGUGUGUGGACCCAGGAAACAGGCUGAUGUCCCUGAACGCUCUAUCCCAAUCACUCGUGAAGAGAAGGCAGCUAUUGGAGCUGCCCCCAAGAAGUAG